CACUCUUUCCUGCAUGUAGCUAGCUCCUCACCUAGCAGUGAGUGUCCUCCGGUGUCAUUGUGAUCAGGUUGACUGAUUUGAUUUUAGGGUUUGCUUAUUUACAGAUUGCAUCAUGGUUGGCUAUACAGCGGACGAGAAACUCCGCGUCGAUCAACUAACCACUCUAAGAAGAAAAUGGUUGAAGGACCAGGAACUUAGUACCAGGGAACCUGUGGUUGAACCCAAACCGCUCGGCCGCAUUCAGAAAUUCUGGGCAGGCUUUUUGGAGCCUAAGAGCUUGUGGAGACUUUAUACGUUCAAAGCCUAUAACGCUGGUGCUUUCGCCGUUACACGAGUGCUGAUUCCUGCUUGGAUUGUGCACUACUAUGUCAAAUACCACGUUUCUACACUGCCAUAUGGUGUUGUUGCUUUGAAGCCCAGACUGUUUCCAGGUGACACUGUUUUGGAGACCGGAGAAGUUGUUCCUCCCCUUCCUGAAGCUGAGGACCAUGGACAUCACUGAAAAACAGCAGAUGUGAUCAAAACCUUGAUUUGUCUUCAUUGUACAAAUUUAAUGUAUAUAUAUAUGUCAUUAAAGAUAUUCUAGCUGAUCUUA